GCUGUUUCACGGCGAGCAGCGGCCCCGCCGCACCCAGCGCGGCUCCACAGGUCCUGCUCGGCGCCGGCAGCGGGGCUGCGCCCCUCGGCGGUACCGGGCCCGGGAGGGUGCAGCCCCUCCUGCGGGUACCGCAGCCCCGUUCUCCAUCACUGCAGAGACCACCCGGCCUUCGAGGCCCCGGUACCCGGCCUGGGCGGCGGUAGCUGAGCGGAGGAGGGAGGGCUGCUCCCGCCCCGCUCCGCAGCGGCCCCGGCCCGGCCCUUACCGAUGCACCGCACGUAGUGUUUUGCAGGAAGUUUCCACGCUCCUGGGUUUAAUCCGUGAAAAGCGGGGCUGGAGAGGAGCGCGGCAGAAUAGCGAUGGAAAGGGGCGGGCGAAGAGGUGGAGGAGGAGGCGGUAGCAGCAGCGGCCGUGUUUAAUUUUUUAAUUAGGGCGGUUUGAGCAUCUCCCGGCGGGGUCGCAUCGCCGGGCGGCGAGGGGAGCCCGGGCGAGCUGCCCCCGCCGCCCGGGACCACCCCGUGCCCCGAACCGUCGGGACUCCAGCCUGGACUUCGGCCAGCCGGCGCGGCGGCCGGAGGCGCGGAGAGCUCCGCGCUCCGCCACCAUGGGCAGCGCGGGCGCGGAGGACACGGGCAAAGAAGCAAUAGAGGUGAAAAUCCCACAGAGCCACCAGGAUGUGAUGCCCAAUGAUGAACAGUAAUUACUGCAGCAACACUUCAGCCAGUAUGAGUGUCAACGAAAUGUCUGCCUUCCCUCUGACUUUAGAACAAAAAACUGGCUUUGCCUUUGUGGGGAUUUUGUGUGUUUUCUUGGGACUUCUAAUUAUCAGAUGCUUCAAAAUCUUGCUAGACCCCUACAGCAGUAUGCCUUCUUCCACAUGGGAAGAUGAAGUAGAGGGGUUGGAUAAAGGAACAUUUGAAUAUGCUCUUGCAUGAAAACUCACAGAAUAUCCUGCCUUAAAGUUGAUGUUGAUUUCAUUUUGGAAACCAACUGUUGUUACAUUUGUUAUACAUACCUGCACUUUGGAGAUAUGUUGGUGGCAUUCAUUUUGUUAAAUAAAUAUUUGUUGCAAAC